AAAUUUGAUUCAUAAAAUCUCUCUAUUUCUAUAAUAUUUUUAAUCUCACACAUAUACAACAUUCGUAAUUCUACCAUUCCCAUUGUAACACGUGGUAUAUAUAUAGGUUAUACGUAAACCCUCCUUACUACAGUGGUGAUGUAAUAAAAAUAAUUUAUCAACAAUAAAUAUAUAAAUAUUUAAUACCUCUUUAAAAUAUAUAAUUCGUUGUAUUUUUUUUUUUAAUUUUUAUACUAUCGUAGAUAACAUAAUAAUAUUUUUAUAAAUAAUUAAACUAUUAUGAGUAUUGAUAAUACAUGUGCGACAUAACCUUACAAUUUUAAAAUAACAUUAUGAAGAUGAUCUCGCUUCAAACAUUAGUAAAAAUUGCUGGUUUUACUGGUUUAGUAGUAGGUGGAACGGGAUAUGCAUUUCGUUAUAAAAUACAGAAUGAAAUUCGCGAAGUUCAAUUUUAUAAGGAUGCGAUGCAACAUUUGUACAAUCAUCAGAAGGCCCUAGAUUUAUUGGGAACUCCGAUAAAAGAAAAAAGAGUUGAUAUAAGCGAUGCGGAAAAAAAUGGAUCUGAUGACAAUAAAACUUGGCUUACAAUUCCUAUCAUGGGAUCUAAAAGCUUUGGAGAAUUGCGUGUUGAAGCUCUUGUAAAGAAAGACAUGGAGAACAAACUGAAAGCUGAUAUUUACAAAGUAGAAUUAUCGAUUAAAGAAAUACCUGGUAAAGUGUUUGUGAUAAAAGACGAUAGCGCAGCUAUUACUGAUAAAUUAUAAUUAAAUUUGUAAAUAUAUUAUAUGUAUAAAUUAUAUAUUCAUAUGAAAUCAAUAGUUUAUUUGCAUAAAUUGAGAGAGAUACUCACAUACAAGUAUGUUUUUAAUACUAAUUUAUCAUAUUAUUUAAAUGUUUGCAAUGGCAUAUCAGUAACACCUUUAGGAACUUUCAAACCACGUCUAGUAUAUCCUAAAGCAGCUUGAAUAAUAAAUAUGGCAGCCUCGACAGUUAAUUUAACAUCUCGCUGAUCACCGAUAUGAGGAUUUACUUCUACUAAAUCUAUAGCAUUUAAUCUACGUGUUCUAUGUAUUUCUUCCAUUAUAUGAAUUGCCUCUCGUAGAGAUAAUCCACCUCGUACUAUAAAACAAAUAUAUAUACAGUAUAAUCUGUAAAAUAAAUUAUUAUAAUUUUAAACUGUAUACCUGCUGUUCCUGUACUUGGAGCUUCCAGGGGAU